GUCGAGCCAUUUGUUCUGGACGGGUGCCUUCAUUGACGAAACAGGGAUUUAGGCCUUUAGGCUUUAGGCACAGGCGCACGACACCGCGCCAGAUCCUGCGCUCCGGGUCGUGCCCAAGUUGAAAAAUACUAAACCGGAGUACGAACGGGGUGCUCACUUACGCCGCAGAAAAUGACGAAACAACCCGACCGUUUGGUGCGAUUUUGGGAGCUCGACGUCGGGCGGAGCAAUCAUUCAAUCGAGGAUACUAUUACUAGGAAUGAGCGGCAAUGUGCGAAAGCCGGCCGUCUAUGGUCAAUUAAAUAAUCAGUCCAAGCCGCCGUGGAAUCACAAAUAACAUCUGUGCGGUACAUCAUGCGAGACCGAAUUAUACUGCUGAUGGUGCUCCUUGUUGGUUCUAUGAACGGCACGGCAGUCGAUACAUGCCCUUUGGCAAGAUCACCCGUGGUCGCAUUGCCGGAAGACCAUUUACUCGGCGCCGCUCCAGACGAUCCACGGUGCUACAAGAACGCCGGUGGUAAAUAUGCACGGUGCUCAGUUGUCGCAAAGGCCGAGCCCUAUGUAGACAAAACUCUAACUCUAAAGAGGGGGGACAACUCGGUGAACUCGUGUCGCAAGUUCAGCAAGCAGCGUUUGAACUAUUACCGCUGUAGACUCGACUCGAUCGCAGUAACCGAUACUGGUGAUAGAACAUACAAAAUUCUAUGGCGUGAUAGCAACCUGCUGUUGAAUGGCGCGGAGGCCGGAAGCGCUAUCAACUAA